AUGGUCAGAUUUUUUGGUUUAAAUAAGAAAAAGAACGAAGAAAAGGAAAAUACCGAUUUGCCUGCAGACAAUGAACAAAACGCAGAAGAAAUUUCGUCUGGUAACGUACCUGGGAAUGAAGAAAAAAUAGAUCCUACCAGUCAUGAUACCCACCCUGCAAGUACGAACAAUGAUGAUGCGUCUACGACGUUUGAUUCCUCCAUACAAUCGUCGUCCAUAUUUUCUAGAGGAAGAAUGACUUAUGGAACGGGAGCCUCUUCUAGCAUGGCCACAUCAGAAAUGCGUAGUCAUAGCAGCGGGCAUAGUGGAUCUAAGAAUAGUAAAAACUUACAGGGUUUUAUAGAUGUCGGGAAACCACUAAGAGCGGUGAGCUUCUUGAAUCCUGUCAAAGAAGAAGAAUCUCAAGAUGCGCAGAGUACUUCAGAUGUUAGCUCUUCAACGUCCUCAACAUUAGCAACUUCAGGAAAUGCAAGGGAAAACAGUUUCAGUUCCAGGAGAACCAUCACUUUGGAGUACGUUCACAAAAGUCUGUCUGAGCUAGAGGAAAAUCUAGUUGAUAUAAUGGACGAUAUUCAUCAGGAUGUUAUCAGUAUUUCAAAAGCAGUCAUUGAGGCCAUCGAAUAUUUUAAAGAAUUCUUACCGAUAAUACGAGAGAGAAUACCAUACAGAAUAAAUUUAGAAAAAUCGUCUGCAUUACGGAAAAUUAAUAAAAUUGUAUUACAUUUUUUGGAUAAUUUAUUGGUUUCUGACGCAUUUUCCAAUUCCAGGUCGAUACUAUUGCGAAGAUUCUACUUUUUUUUGAAGAAGCUAAAUCUUAUUGCAGACGAUGAUUUGAUAUCGGAAUCAGGUGUUUUACCAUGUUUGUCCGUUUUUUGUAUUGACGGCCAUUGCAAUUUACCAAGUAUGGAUAAAUUGGGUAUGAUUCUAGACGAAUUGACCAAAAUGGAUUCUUCGAUAAUAUCUGACCAAGAAGGUGCUUUUAUAGCACCUAUACUAAGAGGUGUGACUCCGAAGAGUUCGAUUCUUACAAUAAUGUUUGGCUUACCUAACCUGCAACAUGAACACUACGAAAUGAUAAAGGUUCUCUAUUCGUUGUUCCCAGAUGUACACAUGUAUUGUGUGAAAGAUUGCAUUAAAAAGGCUGCGUCGGCAAUAGGUAGCAUUCCGUCUCAUACAGAACCAAAUAUCGACCCCAUAGCACCAACUAAAUUUCAGUUUUCGCCCCCAUAUACAGUUUCGGAAAAUCCACUAGAAUUGCCUAUUUCCAUGUCUUUGUCCACUGAGACAAGCACUAAAAUCACAGGUACUUUAGGAGGUUAUCUAUUCCCGCAGACUGGUAAUGAUAAAAAAUUUUCUCAAUUUGCAAGCUGCUCAUUCGCCAUUACGUGCGCUCACGUUGUAUUAUCUGAGAAGCAAGAUUAUCCGAACGUCAUGGUCCCUUCUAAUGUUUUACAGACUUCAUAUAAGAAGGUUUUAGCGAAAGAAUCAGAUAGGUAUCCUGAUGGUUCAAUGGAGAAAACAGCUUUUUUGGAGGAGGUGCAAAGAAUAGAUCAAAACUUGAAGUGGCAGAAAUCAAAUAAAUUUGGCCAGGUAGUUUGGGGCGAGAGAGCAAUUGUAGAUCACAGGCUAUCAGAUUUUGCUAUCAUCAAAGUUAAUUCGUCAUUCAAAUGUCAAAAUACCCUAGGUAAUGGCUUGAAAUCAUUGCCUGAUCCAACCUUAAGAUUUCAAAACUUACAUGUGAAACGGAAAAUUUUCAAAAUGAAGCCUGGCAUGAAAGUAUUUAAAAUAGGCGCUUCUACGGGAUAUACUUCAGGCCAGUUGAAUUCUACGAAAUUGGUUUAUUGGGCGGACGGGAAGCUACAAAGUAGCGAAUUCGUCGUUGCAUCGCCGACACCUUUAUUUGCAAGCGCGGGGGAUUCAGGUGCAUGGAUCUUAACCAAGUUAGAAGAUCGUCUAGGUUUGGGACUGGUAGGUAUGUUGCAUUCAUACGAUGGUGAACAGAGACAGUUUGGUUUGUUCACACCUAUAGGUGAUAUCCUAGAGAGAUUGAAUGCCGUAACUAAAAUUCAAUGGGAUAUUGAUCCACAAUUAGAUGGAUAA